CAUUUUCUGCAACUCUCCUGUCAACAAAACCAAUCCAGAAAGCUCAAAAUAACUCUUCCUGUUCACAACCAUAAAAUAGAGAGUGAAUUAUACAAGGAGGAAAGCAAGUUGUUGUUUGUUUCACUCUCUUCCUCCCCACCCCUACCCUAACUCCAGCUGUUGUCUAUGGAGUUUCCUGAUCAAGAAUCCGAGUUCUCCAAUUCGUUGAGGAAAAAUGGAAGAGGGAAAAUAGAGAUCAAGCGGAUCGAGAACACCACGAAUCGACAAGUCACCUUCUGCAAACGCAGAGGUGGCCUACUGAAGAAGGCGUACGAGCUGUCCGUGCUGUGUGAUGCUGAAGUUGCCCUUGUUGUCUUCUCAAGCCGUGGCAGGCUCUAUGAGUAUGCAAACAACAGUGUUAGGGCUACUAUUGACAGGUACAAGAAAGCAACUGCUGAUUCCUCCAAUUCUAUGUCCACAUCUGAAGCUAACACCCAAUUCUACCAGCAAGAAGCCACAAAGCUUCGACGUCUAAUAAGAGAGAUACAGACUUCAAACAGACAAAUUCUUGGAGACGGUGUUAGCAGUAUGGCCUUAAGGGAACUGAAGAACAUGGAAGGAAAACUGGAGAAAGCAAUCAGCCGAGUCCGUUCCAAGAAGAAUGAGCUGUUGUUUGCAGAAAUAGAGCUCAUGCAGAAGAGGGAAGUAGAGGUGAACAACGCAAACAUGUAUCUUCGAGCUAAGAUAGCAGAGAGUGAGAGAGCACAGCUGCCGAUGACUUCACAACCUUACGAUGUGCAGAACUUGCUUCCUGUCAAUCUCCUUCAACCUAAUGAUCACCACUACUCUUGCCAGGACCAAACACCUCUCCAACUAGUAUAACAACUGAAAAGCCCAAGAAAUCCUGAAGUUCAAUCAGAAAGAGUGGAUUAAGGGGAUGUCCUAAAGAGUGCAUUUUCAAUGUAAAAAAACUAGUAUUUGAGAACUCAAGAUUCACAAAAAACUCAAGUAUUGCAGAUGUGGGAACUGUAUCUAUUAUACUAUUUAUUAAAGGGAAGACCUCUAAAAUACCUGUCACAA